GACCUGUGUGGGCACCACUCGUGUGACACACUGGGCAUGGCCGACGUUGGCACCAUCUGCUCACCAGAGAGGAGCUGUGCCGUCAUAGAGGACGACGGACUCCAUGCCGCCUUCACAGUGGCACACGAGAUAGGUCACUUGCUGGGCCUGUCCCACGACGACUCCAAGUUCUGCGAAGAGCGUUUCGGCGCCAGCGCGGACAAGCGUCUCAUGUCGUCCAUCCUGACCUCCAUCGACGCCUCCAAACCCUGGAGCCGCUGCACCUCAGCUACCAUCACUGACUUCUUUGACGAUGGCAACGCCGAGUGUCUCCUGGACACUCCUCGCCAGCCCAUGCUCGGCUCAGAGGAGCUGCCCGGCCAGAGCUACGACGCUGUGCGCCAGUGCCGCCUGGCGUUUGGGCCUGAGUACACAGUCUGCCCGGGCAUGGACGUGUGCGCCCGCCUGUGGUGCGCAGUGAUACGCCAGGGCCAGAUGGUGUGCCUGACCAAGAAGCUGCCCGCCGUGGAGGGCACGCCGUGUGGCAAGGGCCGCAUCUGCCUCCAGGGCAAGUGCGUGGACAAGACCCGGAAGAGACACUACUCGGCAUCUAACCACGGAAGUUGGAGUUCGUGGGGUCCGUGGGGGGCAUGUUCGAGGACGUGCGGUGGAGGGGUGCAGUUCGCCCAGCGUCUGUGUAACAACCCGCCGCCCCGAAACAAUGGGCGCUACUGCACCGGCAAGAGAGCCAUCUACAGGUCCUGCAGUGUCACCCCAUGCCCCUCGCACAGUAAGAGUUUCCGCCAGGAGCAGUGUGAGGUGCGGAAUGGCCCCCAGACAGACCCUAAGGGGGUGAAGACCUUUGUGGAGUGGGUACCCAAGUUCGCAGGAGUGCUACCCAAAGAUGUGUGCAAGCUGACCUGCCGGGCCAAGGGCACAGGCUACUAUGUAGUGUUCUCGCAGAGGGUGGUGGAUGGGACAGAAUGUCGGCCGUACAGCAGCUCAGUGUGUGUGAAGGGCAAGUGUGUGCGUACCGGCUGUGACGGCAUCAUUGGCUCCAAGCUGCAGUUUGACAAGUGUGGCAUCUGUGGAGGGGACAGCACUGGCUGCAUCAGGGUGAUAGGCAACUUCACCAAGAAGAGUAAGGGCUACACAGACGUCGUGAAGAUCCCAGAGGGCUCCACCCACAUCAAGGUCCGCCAGCACAAGCCCAAGGACCAGCCCAGGUACACAGCCUACCUGGCCCUGCGUCGUCCUGGUGGUAACUACCUCCUCAAUGGCAAGUUUAUGAUCUCUACCGCAGAGACAGUCAUCCCCCUCAACGGCUCGGUGCUCAACUACAGUGGCUGGAGCCAGCAGGACGAGUGGCUACACAGCAUGGGCCCAGGGGCCCUCAGAGAGGCCCUUACGGUUCAGAUUCUGGCCACGGAUGCCAAGAGGCCCCUGGAUAUCCGCUACAGCUUCUUCAUGCCCCGUCGGGUUUUGGCACCACCACCCCCACCUCCCCCGCACACCUCCACAACCACAUCCACCACUACUACUACUACAACAACCACCUCUACUAGAUCCAGCAGUAGAACCACAUUGGCCCCGUUUUCGGCCCCGGCCCUGGCUCGCUCCACAGCUCCGGGGGUGUCGACGGUGGCCCCUGGGCCCCAGUGGGUGACGGGCCCCUGGAUGAUCUGCUCCAGGACUUGUGACACGGGCUGGCAGAGCCGCACGGUGCAGUGCAAGGACCCGCAGGCCAAGCUGGCCAAGGGGUGCCCUCUGGCCGACCGCCCCUCCGCCUUCAAACAAUGCCUAGUGAAAAAGUGUUGAAAGGACCAGAAACGGGUAUACAUAGACAGAGACACUGGCUAUUGACAGUCAACCCCUCCUCUUCCUCACACCCAACCCUACUAUGCCAGGCACUGCUUGGCACAGCUACAGACAAACGACGGGCACAUGUGGACACUUCCGAAUAGUGCAGUCGCCCAAUCACCAACCACCCACUUGUCAAAUCCCUCCUCUAUCUGAAGGUUUCGUUUGUAUUCCUCUGUUAAUUACACGUUUUGUUUGCUUUUCUGUAUGUUGUUGCUACUGUGGGUUUUUCGUGAUUGUCCGCUUUGUCUCUUUGUGUUGUGUGACUGCACACCUCCGGACAAUGGGCCUCAGGACUAGUCUGUUGCGUGGCACUUUUUCUCCACUUCCUUUUGGGGUCCCCUUUCUCUUCUUGCUCCUCCCACGGCCAAGUCUCCACAUACGAUUGGUCUAUCCAACUUCCUGUUUGGAUUGCGGACCAGGAAGUAGGCUGGGGCCACAACCAAGAGCAACCGAUCCGUACUGUAACCAGUCCAGAAAUGGGGUUGAACCGCACUGCAAACAUCCCAGGUCAAAAAAUUGACAUAAAGUGAUGGAAUGAGGUCUAUCCAACUUCCUGUUUGGAUUGCGGACCAGGAAGUAGGCUGGGGGCACAACCAAGAGCAACCGAUCCGUACUGUAACCAGUCCAGAAAUGGGGUUGAACCGCACUGCAAACAUCCCAGG